CUUGUGUCAGAGCUGUGAGCAUGUUGAGAAGAAGAAGUCAGUUUUUUGUUUUCCUGGACAAUGCUCUGUCUGUGAAAGCAGAAGAUGAAGGGGCAAGAGAAGGAGAGGAGCGCACCCUGACUCCUUUCGAAGAAUAUCUGCAGAUGCUGCUGCAGAUGAAGAUGACCAGUUCUGAUCAGUUUGACAACUUGGAGAAGCAUACACAAUGGGGGAUCGAAUUUGUGGAGAAGUACACCAAAUUUGUCAAGGAGCGAUCGGAGAUUGAGAUCAACUAUGCAAAACAAAUAAGGAAUUUAUCAAAGAAAUAUCAACCCAAGAAGAACUCAAAGGAAGAAGAAGAGAGCAGAUAUACCUUCUGUCGAUCUUUCCUGACAACUCUCAACGAGUUAAACGACUACGCGGGUCAACACGAGGUCAUAGCGGAGAACCUGACAUCUCAAAUCAUUGCUGAGCUGACACGCUACCUGCAGGAGCUCAAGACUGAGAGAAAAUCGCAUUUCCAUGAUGGGCGGAAGGCUCAGCAGCACAUUGAGAGCUUGUGGAAGCAGCUGGAAUCAAGUAAACGGCGGUUCGAGAGGGACUGUAAAGAGGCGGACAGAGCGCAGCAGUACUUUGAGAAGAUGGAUGCUGACAUUAACGUGACCAAGGCCGAUGUGGAAAAGGCACGACAACAAUCUCAGAUGAGGAACCAGAUGGCUUUGGACAGUAAGAGUGAUUAUUCCGCCUACCUGCAGAAGUUCAACCAGGAGCAGAAUGAACAUUACCACACAAUUAUUCCUAAUAUAUUUCAGAAACUUCAGGACAUGGAGGAGAGGCGAAUUGACAGAAUAGGGGUGUGCAUGAAGACGUUCGCAGAUGUAGACCGACAAGUGCUGCCCAUCGUAGGGAAGUGUUUGGACGGUAUGACUACAGCAGCUGAGGCCAUCGAUCCCAAGAUUGACUCGAAACAAGUGGUGGAGUCCUACAAGUCCGGCUUUGAGCCCCCAGGCGAUGUGGAGUUUGAGGACUAUGGUCAGGCCAUGAAGAGGACGAUGUCUGAGACCAGCUUGUCCAACUCCAGAGAAGGCAAAGAAAAACCUGCUGGCAAGAGCAAGGGCAAACUGUGGCCUUUUAUUAAGAACAAGAACAAGCUUAUGUCCUUGUUAACAUCCCCCCAUCAGCCCCCACCUGCCCCCCCAGCCUCGUCCUUGCCCUCACCCUCUGCUGUUCCCAAUGACUCCCAUUCUCCCAAGCAGCACAAGGAGCCCCUCUCCCACCGCCUCAACGACUUCAUGACCUCCAAACCCAAAAUGCACUGUCUCCGGAGCCUGAGGCGAGGGCUUUCUCUCAAGCUGGGUUCAGGACCAGAGGACUUCAGUCACCUGCCUCCAGAGCAGAGGAGGAAGAAGCUGCAGGGCAAGAUUGAUGAAUUCAACAAAGACAUUCAAAAGGAGAUGGACCAGAGGGACGCUCUGACUAAGAUGAAAGACGUGUAUAUAAAGAACCCACAGAUGGGAGACCCAACCAGUGUGGACCCACGACUGUCAGAAAUAGGCCAAAACAUCGAGAAGCUCCAAUCUGAAGUGCAAAAGUUUGAGGGCUGGUUGGCAGAGGUGGAGGAGAGAAUGCCAUCUAAGAGUGACUCAAACCGAAAAAGUGGAUUCUUCGAGACCCAGAACAAUACAGCAGUGAGCAACAACUGUGCACAGAACAGAGAGAGCCCGGAUGGCAGCUACACAGAGGAGCAGAACUCAGAAACUCAGGUUAAAGCCACCAUCAACCCCACUUCAACUACGCCUGAUAUUGAUGAUGAGUUUGAUGAGGAUGUGCUACCCACCAUUGGCACCUGCAAAGCCUUGUACCCAUUUGAAGGUCAUAAUGAGGGCACCAUCGCUGUGGCCGAAGGCGAGCUGCUGUACGUCAUAGAAGAAGACAAAGGAGACGGCUGGACGAGAGUUCGAAGGAAUGAGGAUGAGGAGGGAUAUGUCCCCACAUCCUAUGUGGAGGUCUUUUUGGAAACAAAUGCCAAAGAUUCCUAAAAGUGAGAGGCUGACUAAGGAAUGACAGGGCAAGCAGCCUCACGAAGCAACCAUGUGUAAAAGAGACAGAUCACCAGAAUCUAAAACGACGGCCGAUAAGAGCACUGAACGUUUAGAAAAAACAAACUUAUCAUCAGUGUCGUGCUUACUUAGAACGAUUUACAGUGUUGAUUGAAGAAAUCCAACUGCAUUGUAGCGCUCAUAACGUUUUCCAUUCUUAACUUGCACUCAGACGACACCAACACACACUUUGCUUCAUGCUGUUUUCAGCAAAGCUUUCCUUCUUAACUUGUGACUAACUCCGCCCGUCACCAGGCUUUUCUUAGCUUCUACCGUUCAGCUCUGUUUCUCCCUUUCUUUUGGCUUAUCUCACACACAGACACACACUCAAACACACACACAGAGGAGGGGGUGUGGUCAGAAACAGGACGGGGACCAGCAGGAACCUCCAGCCAGCCGUAUGAAGACCUGUGUUUGUGACAGAGCCAUGACUCACUCAUUAACUCGAGAAAAUAAAAUCAUCUCUGAGAACAUCACCUCCACCCCACUUCUUUGAAAUCAGCCCUACCUUUACAGGGUCCAUCUGGGCUGAAGAAGGACAACCAUGUGUGUUUCUUUGUGUCAGUGUUGUCAUAUAAAGUUGGCUUGUUGUCACCAUCAGUCCCUCACAUCAGCUUGUUGAUGGAUCACUCUCAUCCAGUCAAUUCUUGUCUUGUCUCUGGCGUCUGUUCCUCUCUCUGACCACCACCCUCUACCCCUCUCUCAGGCAGCUCAUCGGUUCUUGUUUAAAAGCUGCAUCGAGGCCUUUUUUGUUGUUUUUCUUGUUUCGUUUUGCAACGGCUCGGGGCGUUGUGGUGUACUGCAUGCUUGCCCUGUCCUUCCUCCCUGCCCCUCUGCUGGCAGCUCAGAGAGGCAGUGUCAGCGUAAAGCUAGUUUACGCCCCUUCCCUGUCCCUCACCUCCAGCCUUUCUGUUCAGACCCCACCCCCCUCCCACCAACACACACACACCCAUUGC